GGCCCUGGUCCCCACUACCCGGCUCCGGGGGGCGGUAACCGGGAAUCGCGGCCCCCGAGAGUCGGCCAGAAGCGGGACAGAAAGGACAGCGCCAGAGACCGAUGCUCCCAACCCAGUCGGAGCCUGGGGCCGCUCGUCGCCAAGGGGCGGCGCGGACGGGCCAUGCCUUGGGACUCCCCGUCGCUGUGGGAGCUGGUAGAGGAGCACGUUCCGCACCCGGAGCAGCCCGAAGUGAAGAGGAUUCUGGGGGAGACGACGGUGGACCUGAGCCUGGAACUGCGGGCAGAGGUGGGGAUGCUACAGUCACUGCUCCGUGAGGCUCGAUCCUCCCAAGCCUCUGGCUCCCGCCCCACCUCUGACCCCUCCUCCCUUCUGGCACCACCACCCCUCCUAAGAGACCUCGUGCGCCAGGAACUGAGGCAGCUGCUCCGAGGACUCCGCCGGAAAGCCAUCUGCGAGGGCAGAGACCAGACCCAGGCUUGGAUCCAGUAUAGCCCCAGGGUCCUGCGCUUUGCCCUGGAGGAGCCUGGGUGUAAUUUGCCAGAACAGGAGAUAUUCCAGAUGAGAACUGGUGAAUCCAGCAGUCAGAGGGACCUCAGCGUCAUCAAGGACCAGCUGAACGUGUACAGCAUCGACCAGGUUGCCGGACACCUGCGGAGGCUCCUGGAGGAGGAGUGUCACACGUUGGAGAGGAUGAUCCCCAUCCUACAGCGCUGCCUGGAAGAGGAGUAUACAGGGGCAUCCCGACCCUCUGAGGUGAUCCUAGAGCCCACCCUGGCAGAGCUACGGGAACAGAAGGCAGCCAUGCAACGGGAGCUGCAGGGGGCUCUGAGGCCUUCCUGUGUCUCCUCCAGCCGCAGGCAGCAGCCCGCGGGAUCCUCCAAGGGUCUCAGACCCUUGCCGUGCCUCCGUGGGGCUUCUGGAGUUUGGGCAGGGCCACUCCGGUGCUGCCUGCCUGCCCCUCCUCUGGAGCGCUGCCCCCGACCCCAAGGCCUGACUACCACCUGCCGCUGGGGACGGAAGCUCCAGUGCAGCCCCGGGAAAAGGCCAGCUUCACCUCCACUGUCCAGUACAGCAGCCCAGGCCCCGACCUGAGUGACUGGUCACAAAGUAGGCUUCGGCUCGUGGUGGAACUCACCCCAUCCACCUCUCAGCUGCCGUGCCCAGCCUGCUUCAGAUCUAGUCUUGGUUGGAUGAGCCCUUGCCAGGACGCCAAGGCUGUCUGUCCGUCUGACCCUUGCCCCACCCCCUCCCAAGUCCCUAGUGUCUGGUUCUGACAAUCAUAGCCUUUGGCCUUUCGUCUUCCAGCCCUCCACAAACUCUUGGCAGGCAGGGGUCUCAUCCCAGCCCCGACUCUUGUCCCCCUGGGGGACUCACACAAAGCACAGCAGCAGCUCAGA